AUAAUUUACAUCAUAAGAAAGAAUCAUGGAGACACCUAUAGUUAAGCUGUCAGAUGAAGAGCUCAAAACAGUAUAUGAGCCUUCUGAAGAUUCGUAUCUUCUGAUAGACGCUUUAGAAGCAGAUCUGGAAGUUCUAGAAGCGAUAAAGCCUGUGAUUUGUUUAGAAAUAGGUAGUGGUUCUGGUGUAGUUAUCACAGCUCUAGCGAUGGCAUUGAAGAGAUACCAUAGUGCUCACUUUAUUGCAGUCGAUAUAAAUCCUGAUGCAUGUAAGGCCACGAGAAAAACUAGUCUGGAUAAUUCUGUCGUUGUAAAUGUUCUUCAGAUGAAUCUGUUAGAUUGUAUACGGAUUAGGGGGCAGGUCGAUGUUAUUUUAUUCAAUCCGCCAUAUGUAGCUACAGAGUAUGAGGAAGUGUUAGAUGACAGACUUGUGUUCAAGACUUGGGCGGGUGGUAAACAUGGUAGGCAAGUCAUGGAACAAGUAUUUAGUACGAUUCCUGAGAUCUUGUCGGAUGCUGGGUUGUUUUACUUAGUUGUAAUCAAAGAGAACGACCCUGAAUAUAUUCUAAGUGCGUUUCAAAAGUUGAAUAUGUCUGGUAGAAUCGUUUGCGAGAGGAAAGUUAGGGGAGAGCAUUUGUACGUUUUACGUUUUUGUAAAGCUAAGGUAAACGAGAUAAGCUAAUAUUGUAUUUUCGUUGUAUCAUCCAUUGAGCAUUAUUUGUAUUUUUAAUCCUCGAUUUCCAUGAUAAUGAACGGGAGGCAUUGCAUUCAUUCAAAUCAUAUUCUAGUAGACGACUAUAAUGUCAGACCACUUUAUCGUUGUUUAUGAGCGUUUGUUAUGUACUAUAAUUAAUUAAUUACAAUUAAUACAAUUGUAAUAUAAUUCCUUAUUCUUAUAUUUUCGUUUUGACUCUCAUAUCUUUAUAAGUUACAGCUUUAACAGAUAAGAAAUAACGAUUGUUCGUUCACGAAGAGGGACGAUCGAGAUGAGACAGCCUUAUUUUUUUUUUUACAAAUAUUAUAAUUUAUUUUAACGCCCUUAAAAUCUACAUUACUGGUAUCGAAGUAUGUAAUAAAUACCAUAUCGUAUCGGUAUUCAAUAUUAUACGAAAUGAGCACUAUUGUCGUCCGCGAGGACUGUACGAAUAGUUUGUUAGAUAUCAUCGUAUAUUGAUAUGUAAAAUAUGGCUGCACCCCUGUUCUGCUGACGAAGCAGAACGAAUUUACUAAGUUCGGACAACGUUAAACGCGCUGUGUAAGAUUUACUUAUUGAGAUAUGUAGAAAAGCAGCGCGAGUUCAAUAAAACUAUCGUCGUAGCUCACCAA